CUCCUCUUCCUCCUUUUGCAACGGAAAGUAGAAGCGGUUGUUUUCCCACGAAAAUGUUCUCUGCAUGCUUUCCGCAGCCACCAAUUCUCUCUUUCGUAGAGAUGGCGGCCACCACCUUCGAGCUCCGCCAAGCCCACGCCCAUAUGCUAAAGACCGGCCUUAUCCACCUACCUUUCGCCACCAGCCGCCUCAUCGCCACUGCCGCCUCUGCCAGCUCCGUCGCUUAUGCUCUCUCCAUACUCUCUCACACACAAAACCCAAACUCGUACAUGUACAACUCCAUCAUCCAUGUCUGUGCCAAUAGUUCCGCCCCACAAACUGCACUCGCUGUCUAUACAAACAUGCUCGAUGAUUACGGUGUUCCGGACAAGUACACCUUCACUUUCGUGUUGAAGGCUUGUGCAAGUUUUCGUGGGGUUGAGGAAGGAAAACAAGUUCAUGGGCACGUGGCUAAGAUUGGAAUUGGAAGUGAUGUGUUCAUAUCAAAUACAUUGAUUCAUGUUUAUGCCAGUUGUGGGGAAUUUGGAGUUGCUCGCCAGGUGCUCGAUAGAAUGCCGGAAAGGGAUGUUAUAUCGUGGAAUGCAAUGUUGAGUGCGUACAUGGAGAUGGGUUUGGUGAACUUGGCGUGUAGGGUGUUCGAUGAAAUGCCGGAGAGAAAUAUGGAGUCUUGGAAUUUUAUGGUUUCAGGGUAUGUGGGUGCUGGGUUGGUUGAAGCAGCGAGGGAUGUUUUUGAUGAGAUGCCAGUGAAAAAUGUUGUUUCUUGGAAUGUGAUGAUCACUGGGUAUGCUCAUGCCAAUUGUUUUGAAGAAAUUUUGAUGCUUUUCGAGAAAAUGCAACAUGAAAAUGUGAAGCCAGAUCAUUGCACCCUUGUGAAUGUGUUAUCAGCAUGUGCCCGGGUUGGAGCUCUGAGACAAGGGAAAUGGAUUCAUGCUUAUGUUGAAAAGAAUAGGAUUGAUGUCAAUGGUUUCCUAGCUACUGCUCUUGUAGACAUGUAUGCUAAAUGUGGGUGUAUUGAGAAGGCUCUGGAAGUCUUUCACAGUUCUUCCAAGAAGGACGUAAGUACAUGGAAUUCAAUAAUUUCAGGGUUAAGUAUCCAUGGCUUUGGAGAAGAGGCAUUAAGUAUUUUCUCUGAAAUGUUAGAACAUGGCUUUGAGCCAAAUGAAGUUACCUUUGUUACUGUUCUAGCUGCCUGUAGCCGUACUGGUCUGCUCAAAGAGGGAUGGGAGAUGUUUGACCGCAUGGUUUAUAUUCAUGGAAUUCAGCCAACCAUUGAGCACUAUGGCUGUAUGGUGGACUUACUUGGUCGUUUUGGAUUAUUGAAGGAGGCUGAGGAACUUGUGAGAACAAUGUCAAUGAGAGAAGCUCCUGCAGUUUUGGAGUCUCUUCUAGGUGCUUGCAGAAAUCACGGUGAUGUUGAAAUGGCAGAGCAGGUUGCAAGGAAGCUCUUAGAGUUGGAUCCUCAAGACACUUCUGGUUAUGUUCAGUUGUCAAAUAUCCAUGCAUCUAUGGGUAGAUGGAAUGAUGCAAUGGAUGUGAGGAGAAGAAUGAAGAUGCAAGGAGUUAGAAAAGAGCCUGGUUGUAGCAUGAUUGAAGUCGAUGGAAUUGUUCAUGAGUUCUUAGCCGGAGAAGGAAUAAUUCCUUCUAAACAUGCUUGAUUUUUGGGGAUGCCAAUUACAACAAUGUGGGGCAUCAACUUAAUUUUGUUGAAUUCUUCAAGAAUCAAUAUAUCUACUACUCUAGAAUUCUUCAAGAUCAAGUAUCUUUCCUGAUUUUGCCAUUUUGGGGAGGCAUGCAAGUCACAUCUGGUGAAGGCACUGGAGGUGGAAUGUAGUAUUGUAGAUAUUUGACACGUUAUUUGAGAGGGAACAGGCUGACCAUGUUGUAGAAAUAUACAUGAUUGCUGGGCUUCAGAUCAGAUUAGAUGCCAAAUGCAACAUCGAAAUGUAAAGCCCUAUGGGGCAUGAAGUAUAGAAGAGCUUGUGUUGCUAAUUUGGAAGAACAUGGUAUUUGUGAAAUUUGAGAAAAACAAUUUUCAAGUUGGGCACACUCA